AUGAGCAAUUUAUUAAAAGAAUGGCUCAUACAUCAAUUAGGUGUAGAGGUUAAUUCCCUACAUAGUAAUAAUUUAAGUUCUAAGUUUCAAAAUGGAAUGCUAAUUGGAAAAAUACUUCUGAACUAUGGUUUAGUGAGUUCAAAAGAGUUUUCUUUAUUGAUCAACCAAGAAGAUGAAGUGACAAAAAAAUCAAAUUUUCGGCACCUCGAAAUGUGGUUGAACAUGUUACAUAUUCCGUUAGACAAAGAUACUAUUAAUGGAAUAAUACACGGAGAAAGCUCAAUUAUUAUUGCAUUUUUGUAUAAAUUGUGUUUUCUCCUCAAAUCUCCAAGUGAUUUAAAUAUAAUUGGACAAAUCAAGAAAUUUUACAAAUCGCUCGGAGGUUAUGAUUUAUCAAACGGCUUAUUCACAUCUGGAAAAAUUGUCAAUUUUUCACAUAAGAAACCACAAUCGAUUCAGAAACAUAUCGAUAAAAAAACUGACGGAAAUCAUAGUAUACCGCAUACGCUUGAUAAGAUAGCUUAUUUCGAGUGUAGUUUAUCACAAAAAAUAAAUAGAUGGGCUGCUAGAGGAGACCAGUCUUGUAAUAGAUAUUUGUUUGACAUUAAAAAUCGAAAAGAACACGCAAAAAUAUAUGAAUCGUGGAGAAAAGAAACCAUUAAUAAAUAUCUAACAAACAAUUUGAAAAAAAACAACCGUCAUAACCAAGACGUUCUGAGGAAUAAAUCUAUAUUGAAUAGGCUUAAUUGCAUGUCUGAUUGCGAAGAACAAUUAGUAAAUAAAAUCGACGAUAUGAGAAUCGCUACAAAAAAACUUAAAACGUUUAUCGCUAAAAACGACGUGGAGUUUGUUGAAAACAAUAUAGUUCACAAAAAGUAUGAGAUGAGUGAAGAAAACAAAUUAAACAUGAAAAAAAAGCUCGUAGAAAGAAAUAAAGAUUUAAAAAACAACGAGAAGACGGUAAUAAUGAAAAGCGUAGUUCGAGAUUUAAUUGACCUCGGUAUCAGAACUGCUGUUUACAAAAAAGCAUAUGACCAUAACAUUUCUAAGUAUUUGCGGAGUAAUUGGAUGCACAUGUUCAUCGAAGGAAGACCGUUGUUAAACACACUAGAUGAUAGACUGGGGCUUUUAUUAGAUAACGUUUAUGUGGCCGAAAAUAAACCUUAUACUGACGAAGAGUUAAAAACCCAGUCCAUACUUAAUCAUAAAGACGUCAUGGAAUAUUUGGAAAGAACAAACGGUUGGUCCGAAAAGGAAUUAGGAUUGAAGUCUGACUCGCACACAACAGUCAGUCGUGCACUUGGGUUCUUGGUCUACGAUGUAUUCACUUUGUAUUAUACCCUACCACCGUCGUCGAUAACCGUAGACGAUUUCGUAAUUGGACCGGUCUUCGGGGUUUUAAGUUGUGAAAUGGAGAAUUCGUUUAAGCAAGACAUUUGCAAUGCACUUAUUAAACGAAAUAUACUUCCUGUGUUACCAAUAGCGGCUUUACAAUAUUGUUCAAGAGCUUAUUGUCAGCUAACAGAUAACGAUGAAUUAAUAGAAAUAUUGGAUGAUUCUGACGAUCUAGACGAACCAAACGACUUGGAUAAAUACAUCAUUUUUGACAAUAAAUUUGUCAACAAGAAUCCAACAUUACUGAAUGAAGUACAAAAAUCAAAACAAACACAAACAAAUUGGAAAUUUGAAAAAUAUCAUGAAUUGGUAGAAUGUGGAAAAACUGCAUACCUUCAUAUUUACAGAGGCAAACCUUUACCAAAAUAUUGCCUUAUUGACUGUGUAUUAUAUUAUAUAAAAGCAAAAAAAGUGCUUGGAGGUUGUGUAUUCAUAGGAUUUUCAAAAGAAAAUAUAAUAACACUAGAAGAAAGAUUGUCUAAUAGGAAUUCUCCGCCUUUUGGGACACAUGACUUUAUGAAAGACAUAAAUCCAACUAUAUUGGCUCCAUUCAAAGGGCCAGAUUUAGUUGGUAUAGGACGAUACGAGACCUCAUUUACUAGAUAUUUAAAAAUUGUAUCUGAUGAAUAUAAAUUGGAUACAUUUUGUGAUUUACAUGAAUAUUACAAAUCUCAUAAUAUAUUAACAUUUUUACAAAGCAAAUAUAAAAAUAUAGAUUUUGAUGAACAUAAGAUUGAAUUACUAUGUAAUGCUUUGGCUGGUCAACAUGUAAACUGGUCUGAACAAAAUAAAUGGGUGAAUUGUAUUUAUGAUAUGCACAAUGACCAAGUACAGUAUGAAACUCAAAAAAAUUCAAGUAAAUAUAAUUCAGUACAGCCAAUAAAAGUGCAAAAAAGUGUGUUUAAAAGAAAAAGAUUGCAUGGAAAAUCAGAAUUUGAAUAUUUAGAUUAUAUAUCAUCCAGUAAGGUAAACAUGAUUACAAAUGAAUUUGUCGACUCUGUAACUGUUAUAACUAAGCCUGAAGAAGUUAAGUCAAAACUGUUCAAUGUACAAAUCAAUGCCGAAAUUGGUGCAGUAUUAGUACAGUUUUGGAUGUUAAUGGAAAACAAUUUUGUUCAGAACAUGGAAUGGUGUUUCUUUCAUAGAAGAAUACUUAUUUAUAACCAAAUGCCUUACAUGGCUUCAAUAAAUAACUAUAUUAAUGAAAUACUAAAACGACAAAAUGUAGAAAAAAUAGAACUUGUUAAAGUAUUGCAAUCUGAUUUACUAAAAAUACCUAAUGAUGCACUGAUGAGCUCGGAUUUAAUUACACAAUUGCUUUCGACUGUAGAAGAUACUAAAUUUAUCUUAACAGAACUGACAAAUCAUAAAAUAAAAGACUGUAAACAAUUUAUAAAAAAUGAAAACAUUGAUAGAAGUCUCGAUAAUACAAUGAAUUCGAUGAUUUUAGUUUAUAAGCAUAUGUUACAAACUGAGGUCGAUCGAACAGUGAAUACAAUACUUUUCAUCCAUUCAUAUAUGUCUAAAGUAUACAAUAAAAAGUUAACUUUGUCAAUAAUUCCAAAUCAUAUUGUAGUUUCAUUAUCAAAAGAGCAAGAAUUUAAAUCGAAAGGAGUAGAACAAAUGGCAAGUGUUGAAUAUUAUUACAAAUGGUUUGAUGCCACUGUAAUCAUGGUUCAAAAUAAACUCAGAGGUACAUUAAAAUCCACAUACGAAUGGUUAGCAGAAAUGAAGAAAAUACAUAGUGAAAAUUCGUUAGAAAGCAGUAAUAUAUAUUUGAAAAUAUGGAAAUUUUUGGUAGAUAAGGAGAAUUUUAGAUCAAUUGAUCAAUUAAAAUUGAUAUUAACUAGAUUUCAUGAAGAUAUAAAGGAAAUGGAAAGUUAUAUCACACAACAUAAAUUGGAUAUGAAUCGACGAAUAGAUGAAUGUUCACAAAAAGAGAUUUAUGCAAUUGAAUGUAUAUGUAAUUUAUUUAAAUCUGCUAUAAAUGAGAAACAAUAUGUUCGUCAUGAAAUUAUAGUUGUCAACAAUAAUUUUUAUAUAAAUGCUGAAAAUGUUCUGCAACCAAGUAAUCCUCCACCAUAUCCCUUUCCUUUGUUAGAACCAGAAGAUAUAUGUAUUGUAACUAUUCAUAAUCUAAAGGAAAUUACAAAUCAAUUGAUAGCAAUUUGUCCAAACAAACGAAUUUCUAUAGUUGCACUUUCCAGUUGUUUAAAAUCUUAUUUGAAACAUCAUCCUGAAAUUGAGUGGUUUAAUACAGCACAUUUUGUAUUACGUACCAUGUUUGGUCUCAAUGUGAACUUUAUUGAUUGGUCUGAUUUUAUUCUACAUUGCUUGGAACUUCCUUACCCUAAUGUCGAUGAUUUGUUGUAUCUCAAAAACCAAUAUUUGGAAUUGGAGAAAAAAAAACAAAAAGAUCCUAGUCAAAACUAUAUAGAAGGUACCAUAGAUAAAGAUGAAUUUGAUUCAGUUUUGCUGUGGUAUCAGAAAACAUUACCACCAAAUCCCUCGAUUCAUUUUAGAUUUAUAAAAAUUAAAGAAUUAUUGUUUAAAAUAUUUUCUGUUGAUGGAAAAUUAGAUUAUAUUGCAAUGUUACUAGUUCUAUGCAAAGACAACAACUCGAUUAUGGGAUUAAUAAAAGCUAUCAACUUAAUAACGAAUCAAAAUAUUAUGAACGAUGAAUUUGAUAAUUCUAAUCUUAUGAAUGAGAGGCAUUCUAUUAAUUUGCCUAUAGAGACAUUAUACAAGAUUUUAAUGAUUUGCCUUAAAAACUAUAAGGACCCAAACAAUAGUGACAUCGAAGAUUUGGCUACUUCGAUAUUAAACAUAGACAGUAAUAUGCUUCAAGAUAAUGGUGAUAUGUAUUCCGUAUUAAAAUUACUUCAGAAUGAUAAACUUAAAUCGGUAUCUGAAAUUGGAUUUAGAUUUAAUUCAAGGCCUUUGUCUAGUAUUGUAAAUAGUCUUAAAUGA